AGCAUACAUUGUACUGCUGGGUAUACCAGUGACGCUGAACCCAAGGCGUCAUUGCUCGUCGGCGUUCCGGAUUCCGAGUCCCCGGACAGAGUGAUGCUCUUGAGCGAGAGCAAGUCCGAGCGAGAGCGGGGCGAAUCACCUGCCUCCAAACUGCAUGCCGAUUUCUCCCGGUCUAACUAUAAAUUCAUUUUGUUCAGCGUUUUGUUGAGGCUUCAGAAUGCCAUCCUCGUCCUAUCACAGCAUCUCUUCUCCUUCAACUAAGGCAAAAGCCUGACUACAUUCCACAAUACACAAGACGUGUACCACGGUACUACUUUGAGUCUCACUUUUCAUGAGGCUACAUUGUAAUCAACUAGAACAUAAUAAAGCCAUUUUAAUGGCAGGAAUAGAGGCAUCUGCACAACGCAUUCCACAGCAUUUGUAGUCGAACAGAACGCUGGGCAUCGUCAUGAAAGAACCGCAUUAAGCAACGUGUCGCUACGUGUACGAGCAAAGUACGAAACACGAUACAAUCACAGUCGAGCUGCUACGUAGCACAGUCCAAGCGUGAGACUUCCACAAGAGAACAGAGAAAGGGCGCCUCAGAGGAAAACAAGUCCGUCCCUUUGUAUGUAACAAGGUAAGGGAUGCCAGACGGACAAAGUCACCGACGACAAGCAAGGGCGCACACACCCUCGCGUCUGUGCUCAUCACUUUGCAUCACGAAGCUCAUCACCGGCGGUCUGUUCUCGUGGAAGAAUCAAGGAGAAAAAAACAGAACGUCGACGAAAACUUGGGAAUAAAAGGAUGGGUAGUCACGUGAUGUAAAUUGACGUGUCGCGAGAGGUCGUGUCGACGUGGCACUCAUCUCAACUUUUAUAAGGCUGCUCAGCUGCAGCCCUCUGUUCCUUAGCUUUUACCACCAACAACGAUGUCCCGCCUCCCAAGACGGCCGACUAGAACGCACGCACGUCGCGUCGCGUCUUCUGUUUCUCUCCUCUGUCUUGCUUUCAUUGCCCUCUUUUGUUUAUGUCCGCUCGCUGUAAACGCUGACGAGGACUCGCGCUCAGAGUACGGUCCCGUCAUUGGUAUUGAUCUUGGUACUACUUACUCUUGCGUCGGUGUUCAACGCGGCGGUCGCGUCGAAAUUAUCGCCAACGACCAAGGUCACCGUAUCACCCCAUCCUGGGUUUCCUUCACCGAUGACGAACGUCUCGUCGGCGAUGCCGCAAAGAACGCCUUCCACUCCAACCCCGAAAACACCGUCUUCGACGCUAAGCGUCUCAUUGGACGCAGAUCCGAUGACCCCGAGGUCAAGCGCGAUAUGACACAUUGGCCGUUCAAGAUUAAGGAUAAGACUGGAAAGCCGAUGAUCCAGGUGCAGCAUAAGGGCGAGCAGCGUGAAUUCACUCCUGAGGAAAUCAGCGCAAUGGUUUUGUCCAAGAUGAAGGAGACCGCUGAGGCUUACCUCGGCAGGAAAGUCACCCACGCUGUCGUUACCGUCCCCGCAUACUUCAACGACGCUCAGCGUCAAGCAACCAAGGAUGCCGGUACGAUCGCUGGUCUCCAGGUCUUACGUAUCGUCAACGAGCCUACCGCUGCCGCGAUCGCCUACGGUCUCGACAAGAAGGGCGGCGAGUCUCGCAUCAUCGUAUACGAUCUCGGUGGAGGUACCUUCGAUGUCUCCCUCCUUUCCAUCGACGAUGGUGUCUUUGAAGUCCUCGCAACUGCUGGUGACACCCACCUUGGCGGUGAAGACUUUGACAACCGCGUCAUUGACUACUUCGUCAAGCAAUACAAAAAGAAGACUGGAACGGACGUCUCGACGAACCUCCGUGCUUUGGGUAAACUCAAGCGCGAAGUCGAGAAGGCCAAGCGCACACUUUCCAGCCAACAAUCCACCCGUCUCGAAAUCGAGUCCUUCGAAAACGGGAAUGACUUCUCCGAGACGCUCACCCGUGCCAAGUUCGAAGAACUCAACAUGGACCUUUUCCGCAAGACGAUGAAGCCCGUCGAGCAAGUUCUUAAAGACUCUGGGGUCAAGAAGGAUGAGAUUGAUGAAGUCGUUCUCGUCGGAGGCUCAACGCGUAUCCCUAAAGUUCAACAGCUCCUCAGGGAGUACUUCGGUGGCAAGGAGCCGUCGAAGGGAAUUAACCCUGACGAGGCUGUUGCGUAUGGUGCUGCUGUUCAGGGUGGUAUCUUGGCUGGUGAGGAAGGUACUGCGGACGUCGUACUUAUUGAUGUCUGCCCGCUUUCUGUUGGUAUUGAGACUACGGGUGGUGUCAUGACGAAGCUUAUUUCGCGUAACACUGUCGUCCCGACUAAGAAGUCUCAGAUCUUCUCGACUGCAGCAGACAACCAACAAGUCGUCCUAAUCCAAGUCUACGAAGGCGAACGCUCACUCACAAAAGACAACAACCUCCUCGGGAAAUUCGAACUCACCGGUAUCCCCCCAGCGCCCCGCGGAGUCCCGCAAAUCGAAGUCACCUUCGAAAUUGACGCUAACGGUAUCAUGAGAGUCUCAGCUGCCGACAAAGGCACGGGUAAAUCCGAAUCUAUCACCAUCAAAAACGAAAAGGGUAGAUUAUCAGACGAAGAGAUCGAAAGAAUGGUACAAGAAGCAGAAGAGUUCGCAGCAGAAGACGAAGCCCAACGUAAACGCAUCGAAGCAAUGAACUCCCUCUCCAACUUCAUCUACGGAAUCAAAUCGCAACUCUCCGACCAAGACGGGCUAGGCGGCAAGUUGGACGACGAAGACAAGAAAACUCUCCUCGCUACCGUGAAAGAAACCACAGAAUGGGUGGAGAGUGAAGGUGCGACUGCGAGUUUGGAGGAAUUGGAGGAGAAGCUGGGUGAGGUGCAGAGUGUUGUUAACCCUAUUACUAGUAAGCUUUAUGGUGCCGGUGGAGCUGGAGGGGGAGGGAGUUAUGCGCCUGGAGAGGAUGAGGAUGAUCAGGAGCCGUUCCGCUCGCAUGAUGAGCUUUAAUUUACUUCUCACUUCGUGGGCGGGUGGAUGUGCUUCACGCGACUUUCUUUUUUUUAUACACAUUUGCACUUUUCUUUUCUUUUUUUUAUUUGUACUUCCUCCAAAAAUAUAGCGCUAGAGAGGCGAUAUAGUAAUAGAAAGUCCUACCAGG